AUGGAGACCAAAUUCCACUCAACCACUGAUUAUGGUAGCGGCCUAUAUAGAGUGCUUCUUGAUUUUAGUAGUGCCACCCUCACGAAACCCCAGAAGCGAUGGCACAUUGCCUGCAUCGCCAUUCAUUUUUCUGCAAAAUCUAUCAUUAAAAGACAAAGAAAUCAUAAAUAUUCUAAAAUUUCAGGCUCCUUCUCUCACACUGUUCUUGAAAUUGAUUCUGCCAGUGGCUUGGAUCUUCUAUUCGAUACUGAUUUAGUUCUUGUAUCUCGUUUUCCCAUCAUCAAUCAAACAAAACUCACAGAUAUGGUGAAGAACAAGAGCUUGGACAAACUCCGACAAUUUGACGAUGUUGAUGGCAUUGCCAAACUUCUGAAAACUGAUUUAGUAAAUGGAAUUCCUGGAGAUGAAGAUGAUGCAAAAAAACAGAGGAGUGCAUUUGGUUCGAAUACGUAUCAAAGCCUCAUCCGAAAUGGCUAA